GAGUCCGAGUCCGAGUCCGAGUCAGAGUCAGUUCUUGAGGAGCCUAAUGAGGCUUCUGGGCUGACUCUUGGAUCUAGGGUGGGUCUUUUUGAAGUGAAAGACCUGAUUGGAGAAGGAAGUUAUGGCAAGGUGUAUCUGGGAUCUCACGUAUUUAAUGAGAGAACAAAGGUUGCCCUGAAGUACAUCAAGAAGCGUAAACAGGACCGCUAUCUCGACGUUGUAAGUUGAACAAUUUACACAAAAGUGAAAAUGUUUCUGUACUUUGUGCCAUUCUGCUUUGGUAAUAUCUUUGAAAUCUGUUUUUUUUUCUAGGAUGGUCAUUCCAAACCUGUGCUUGCAGAAGUGGCAAUCAUGCUUAAGUUGAUGAAGGACCCACCUUGCCCCAGCAUCAUCACAUUACACCACUGGAUUAAGAAUAAGAACGACUUCGUUCUCUUUCUGGAGUACGCCGAGUCAUCCCAGAACUUGGCUUAUUACGUCAGAAGUACAUUGGACAUUGAUGAAACCCACGCACGCCGGUUAAUGUGUCAGUUGAUCCAAGCUGUCAAGUUCUGCGCUGAGCGUGGAGUUUUCCAUGGAGAUAUGCACUCGGGGAACAUCCUGGUGACUCAACCCCGAUCAGAGCUCAAACUGAUUGACUUUGGUUGUGCUCGGCUAAUUACCAGCGAGCCUUUCAACAGCAGUGAUUAUCGAGGAGCCUUACUUUACACACCGCCUGAGGUUCUGAGGGAUCCCACAUUCUUUCCUAACCCGGCGUACGUCUGGACAUUAGGCCUCAUCCUGUAUGAAAUAUUGCAUGGACAAUUGGCCUUUUUCGACACGCAUUCGAUAAUCGUUGGAGACCUCCAGACAGACCUCACCUUAUCUUUAGAUUGCCUGGACCUGAUUUCCCAGUGUUUGGUCCGCAAUCCAGAGAAGCGACUGCAGUUACAUCAGUUAGAAGAGCACCGGUGGUUCAAUCCAACGAGCCCAAAUCCUGUGCAGCAGUGAGACAAGAGGAG